AUGCACUUCGUCAAGUCCUCCGUCUACCAGGCGGAAAUCACAGAAGGGGGAGUCCGCGAGAGGGAGGUGGACACCCGCUCUAGAGAAGAAAUCGAGCUUCAAGAGCGUCUCAGAAGGCUACCUGAGUUCAGCAGAAACCCGAACUUCAAGAGCUAUGCAGAGCAGGUCCUCGAGGGGCUGCCAUCUACUACACCCGAACCGCCGCCGCCUACGGAAGGCAAACAGAACCCAAAUCUUCCUCAUUCGGUGACUGAAGAGGAGUUUGAGUUCUAUGAGGCUUUACGGGCUCAAGACCGUCGUAAGAAGUUGGCAAGGCAGCGAGAAGAAGAUGCGAUGCGAGAUGAAUUCAACAAGGCCAGGGAGGCUUCUUUAAAGGCGAAUUCGUCAGCUUCCUCCAGUCACCGCAGUACAGAAUCAGAAAGCAGCCUCUCUUCAGGAGGAAAGCCGUCGCCUUUUUCCUUUUUAGGAUUCCAAAAACAAAAAUCAAAAAUGUCUUCGCCUUUUGGAGAUGAAUGCAUAUUCGAUGUCACGACGAAGGCGUUCAAAGAAAAACAAAAAAAGAGAGCCCUUAAUGGCCAUCCUUCGUUGAAUUUGAUAGUAAAGAAGCCAAAGACCGAUGAAGCUGCUACGAGUCCUUCAGUGGAGAAGGCAGAGGAUGGCGGAGAUGCGGAGGUGGCGAAGGCGGCAGCAGUGAGCGAUGCAUGCAGCCCUAAAGAGACGAAAUCACUGAACACAACGCCAGCAGCAGCAGAUUCAAAAGAAGACCAAGAUGUAUUCGCUUCACUGUGUGAGGCAUACGGCGACAGCGAUGACUCUGGAUAG